UCACAUGUGUGAAUGUGUCAACAAUUGUCAAACUAUAAAAUGUUAUGUGAUAUAUUAUACGUUUAUAUAAAUAUGUUUGUAGAAUAUGUUUAUAAAAGGUUCAGAAUAGUAUAUUUAAUGAGGUAGAAGAGGUAUAUUUAAUAUCACAAUCUUAUCUAUGCGUAAAUAUUAUUGCGCGGGUAUUCCCGUGUAAAUCUGGCUCAAAGGUCUAAAUUUGCUUAUCUCAAGGGGCUUUCGUUGACAGACACGAUGCUCGAGAAAUACGAUAUACUUCGUCAAGAAUUUCUCAGCAAAGCUGAGCUGUUCAUUAACAGCGGAACUUUGGACGAAUUGAAACUUUAUUACAAACACAAAAUUGAAUCCAAACGUAAAUUAAGCAAGGUGACAGAUCUGCAAACGUUAAUAAGGCUGCUGGAAAAACGGGGUAUUGUCAGUUAUGAUCAAAUAGAGCCAUUGCGAUACAUAUCGAAGAAAUUUGUUGCUGAUCCAAACUUGGAAAGCAAGCUGCAAGAUUAUGAAAAUUUCGUAAAGAAUAUGCCACAAUUGUAUUUGUGUAAUAUGUAUCAAAGUGACGAAGUUCCGACAUCCUCAAUCUCAGAAUCUCCAUCUAGUUCUAAUUUAUCUCAGUCUACGCUAGAAAGUUCAGCUGAAUCAUUUAGUCAUACUACACAAACAUUAUGUUUUGAGCAAGAGGAAAGAAACAAUCUCAAUGACAGGAGAAAAUUGCUACAACAAACAGUAUUAUUACAAUUGAAGGAUAGAUUAGGUCGCUCCUGGAGAGAUGUAGCUAGACAUUUAAAUAUUAGAGAAUGUGAAAUCGAUGCUAUACAAAGCAAAUAUCCUUUUGAUUUGAAGGAGCAAUCUUAUCAGAUUUUGCGAAUGUACAUAUCACAAUCGAAUACCGAGCAAUGGGCAAUAAAUUUAAUACGUGCUUUAGAAAAAGGAAGACGCAAAGAUCUUAAAGAACUUGUAGAAGAAUUAGUAUUGAGAUAAAAAUUUAUGAUAUACAGAAUCUGGACAAUUCCGUUCAUAGGGGUUUUUUUUUUUUUUUAAUUGUGUAGGAAAAGAUAGAUAUUUGAUAUUUAAACUAUCCAUUGUUAAAUAGUUUAGUUGUUAAAUAUUUUUAUAUAUUUGCACAUAGUUUAAUGUACAUGGUCAAUUUUUAACCCUUGCCUAGCUAAAUAUCAAUCGUUAAAAUGUAUUAUAAUAUAUCAAGAAAAAAAAAUAAUUAUUUUACACAGCAAAAAUGGAUUUUAAUAAAUCAAAUAUUCGCUAGGCAAGGAUUAAUAAAGUGUAUAUUAGAAAAAUAUUACAAAUUACAAGAAUUUAUUUGCUGAAAGAUAAAGUUGUGUAAAUUACACCUAACCAUGUGAUUUUAUGAUCACAUGCAGGUUAUCAGCCACAGGAAAAUACAGCAGCCUGCGCGUACUUUCUAAACUAGAUCUAAAUUACACAUACUGAUCUCUUUGCUAAACAAAUGUUUAUAUCGACAUUCUUUCAUCUACUUUGAAUUUAAUUUUAAUUAAUCUCAAUUACUUGAAUUACUUGAAACAUAUAUUUAUUAAUUUUUACUC